AUUACAAAGAAACGAGAAAAGCCACGACCUACACUAGCCCCAGAGCAUGCAGCCUCGGAAUCGGUGUACUACAGGAAACCCGGCAAUGAGUCAGUGGUUGGAUCAGGCACGUAUGGAAAGGUCUUCAAAGGAGUGCAUGUCUACACAAAGGAUAUGGUUGCACUAAAGAAGAUUCGUAUGGAAGGCGAACGCGAUGGCUUUCCAGUCACCGCCAUUCGCGAGGUUAAACUAUUGCAAUCUCUCAACCAUCCCAACAUUGUUAACCUCCGUGAGGUGAUGGUGGAGAAGAAUGACUGCUACAUGGUCUUCGAAUACCUUUCCCACGAUUUAACCGGCCUUUUAAACCAUCCGACAUUUAAACUUGAAACAUCGCACAAGAAAGACCUUGCAAAGCAACUCUUCGAAGGUCUUGAUUAUCUCCAUCGACGUGGGGUUUUGCAUCGCGAUAUCAAGGCGGCCAAUAUUCUCGUGUCUAACACCGGACAACUAAAACUGGCUGAUUUUGGUCUCGCCCGUUUCUACUCGAAGAGUGGUAAGCUGGACUACACCAAUCGCGUUAUCACCAUCUGGUACCGGUCCCCUGAAUUGUUACUUGGAGAAACACAAUAUGGCCCAGCGGUCGAUAUCUGGUCAGCAGCAUGCGUGCUUGUGGAGAUUUUCACGCGACACGCCAUUUUCCCGGGUGAUGGUGGAGAAAUCAAUCAGCUUGAAAAGAUUUACAACGUCCUUGGUACGCCAACAGUACAGGAUUGGCCUGGCAUCGUGGACAUGCAGUGGUUUGAGCUGCUACGCCCAACUGAACGUAAGAAGUCGACGUUCGCAGAAAAGUACAAGGACCGUGUCAGCCCUAUGGCUUUCGAGUUGCUUCAGGCAAUGUUCUUAUUUGACCCAAAUGCACGGCCGGCGGCGGCCGACGUGCUCGAGCAUCCUUUCUUCACCAGCGAGGCUCCUGCGCCAAAACGAGCUGAGGCGUUGAAAGAACUUGAAGGGGAUUGGCAUGAAUUCGAAAGCAAAGCACUUCGGAAAGAAAAAGAAAAGCAGGACAAGGAGGCGCGGCGGGCUGCUCGCGAGGAAAAAGACAAUGCAAGAAAAGAUGAGGGCAAGCGACGAGCGGAUGCAGCGGUGGGUGAAGAGAGAGAUGCUAAGCGUGCGAAGAGCGGAGAUGUCACAGCAUAG